AUGAGAACUUCCUUCAGUCCCGCCAGCACUGUCUCUGAAGUCGUGACUAAGACGCUCGUCAAUGCCGAAGAUGAGUGGUCGCCGCUCAAGACCGUCAUCGUCGGUCGUGCCGAGCACUCUUGCUUCCCUAGUGAGCCGCGUCACUUGAUGCAGGCGUUUGUGCCUCGGCGCUUCCUGGGCAACUUCCGGCCUCAUAACCCAUUUCUACCUGAAAUUGUCGAGAAGGCCCAGGAGGAACUUGAUAACUUCGCCAACGUGCUGCGACGGUAUGGUGUAACCGUCUACCGGCCAGAUGAGGUGGACUGGCUUAAGCACGGCGGGUACACGGGAGCGAUGCCGCGAGACCGGCUGCUCACGGUCGGCAACACGCUUAUCGAGUCGAUUCCUGCGUGGGGUUGCCGACAGCGCGAAGUUGAGCUGGCCUACAGCACUAUACUCAGCAAGCUUUCACAUCCAGAGGAGGCGGGAUGGCGCGUAUUCCGGCAGCCGAAGUUACAUGGGCGUGAUACCAUUUAUGACGGCAAAACGGAGGACAGCUUUGAUCCUUUGACCGACUGGGCUAUCAACAACAGCCGCCCGGCCUUUGACGCGGCUGACUUUAUGCGCCUCGGUAAACACAUUAUUGGGCAGCUUAGCCACGUUACAAACCAAAAGGGCGUCGACUAUCUACGCGCUCUACUGCCAGAGGGGCACACGUUGGAGCUCAUCGAGCCUAACUACUCAAUGAUCAUGCAUAUUGACACAACUAUCCUACCACUACGCAAGGGUUUACUUGUAUACAAUCCGCAGUAUAUUGGUGAGGACCAGCUACAUGGUCUCAAGGCACUCGAGGGCUGGGAACUACACCCAUACCACCUGCCACGGCGUCCUGACUCGCCUAACGGCCCGGAGCAGUACAUGGCAUCACGGUGGCUGGUGCUUAACGGUCUAAGCCUAGAUGACAAGCACAUCUUUAUAGAGGCCAAGGCGGAAACUUUUGGAAGGUGGAUUAAGGAGAAAUUUGGUAUUGAGCCGAUUAUGCUGCCCUUCCAGCACGUCAACAGCAUUGGCGGGUCAUUUCACUGCGCCACAGUUGAUUUGGUACGAGGUUAG